CUGUGGAGAGUUUUUCAGUGUUGAGCAGCAAGAGCGGUCGUCGUCGCGGUUUUUGGCUUGUGCAAGCAAAAGUAAAUAACGAGGCGAAGGUGUGCGAAAUUGUGCGUGUGAUUUUCCGAUACUACGCAUCUUGGGUCGGGUGCUACGGUGCACGCGUUUCCUUUUUACGUAAGUGACCGGGGCCAGGAUCAAGGAUCACCGGGGACGUUUCGGAACCUUUCGCGUUAGUGUGGUGCGGUUCUUCGUCGUCGUCAAGAGUCUCGUCGAGAUCUGCUGCCACCCAUACAAAGGACCAAGGCUAAGGCAGACUCACGUGUGUGAGAGUGUGGAGAGAAUACACAGAGUGUGCAUGAAAUGUGGUGAUGAGAAGUGAGACGAGCUCAAGUGAGUCGAAGUGUGAGCAAGUGAGCGGUGAGACAGUGAGGCGAGACGGUGAAGAGUGUAAUCUACUGGAAUAAUAAACUUGGCGAUUUUUAAGCAGCGCCUGAUACUCGUCGGCGUCGUCGUCGUCACCGCCGGUUCGCUAUAAUUAAAAUGUCAAUAUCCAGUUGACAUGAGGAGUUACGAUCGACUUCGGCAACAUCGGCACAACAGUAGCAGCAGCAGCAUCAGCGAACGAAACAAGUUUUCAGCAGCAGGUCUCGCGCUGCGAAUUGGGUCUCCGUGAACCCAUUGACUGGUUGGGCGGUUUGGUUGGGACGAGAAGGGGUUCGUGAGGUUGUAAGACCGGUUGCUGGCAGAACUUGGAUCGAAGGAUCUCUCCAGCAGAACUUCCAGCACGAGGAAGGAAGGAGAGGAGCGCGCGCGCCUGCUGCAACAAGUCCGGCCCGUGAAGACCGGCUCGCGGUCUACAAGUGCUUGUACGGCGCUGCGUUGAGCGUGUAUUGGUGAAGAGAGAGAACAGUGUUGGGUUGGUGUUUGUGAGGGUAACAGUGCAGCGAAUACAGUGUGAAGAAGAGAGUGAGAGCGUGCGAGAACGUGAGAGGAGAGAACGUGGUGUUGAAGAAGCUCCUGCUGGCCGCAGCUAUGAGAAACCGGUGGUUCAGUUCAGUAUUCUCCGGCACGCUGCAAAGUUGCUUGUACCUCCUCCAAGUCGUCGGCGUGUGAGUAGUGUAGAGGAGGAGGUUGGUGUAUGUGUGCACGCGCACCCCGGUGAGUGUGUGAUGGUGUGGGCAUGUUAGAGAAACCUGAAUGGCUAAUAAGAAACACCGCCGCGGUCGCCGUCGCUGUCGAGGUGCAAAAGUGAAGCUGUUCUAUUGUCAGGGAAGACGGGAUUUGCAGUGUCCGUAGCAGCAGCAGCAGCAGUAGCAGUAGAAGUAGCAGCAGUGUCGAGUCCAGUCUCUCGAGUGCUUAGUGGAGUUAUGACGGGGAGAGUUCACAGGAAGAUACCGUUCAGCUACUACGCGUAAAGUAGCGCAAAGGAAGCUACAAGAAACUCGCUCCGCGAUUGCCAUUCCGAUAAGAAGAGUUCGGUUCGAGUCGGUGAAGAGAUCCUCUCCAGUGGUGUGUUCGAUUCAGCAUUCGAUGCGUUCGAACCAAGAAGUGCAAGAGUGUUCAAGGAUCAACGAAAGAAGCAAGUGUGUGAUAUAGAAAAUCUCUAGAAGACGACCACUGAGCUUGGCCAGCGGCCAGCAGUGGAUUCGAUUGUGUGUAUUCCCACCGAGAAUCACCAUAAAAAAAGUAUCAAGAGUGUGCCAUUGUGGGAAGAUAUCCAGAAGUUCAAUUGCAGCAAAGUGUCGACGGUGUUCGGAAGAAGGAAGAAACGGUGGGAAGCUGGUGUGUAUGGCCAGCAGCAGUCUGUCGGCGACAAAAAUGACCAACCCGAUUCGGGGGCUCGUCAGCAAGCGGCGCAUUCGGUACACCCAGGAUGGGUUCGAUCUGGAUCUCACAUACAUUAACGAUCGGAUCAUCGCCAUGGGCUACCCAGCCGAGCACAUGGAGUCGAUCUACCGCAACAAGAUCGAGGACGUGCAGCGGAUGCUCGAGAGGAACCACGCCGGAUGCUACAAGAUCUACAACCUGUGCUCGGAGCGCAGCUACGACCACAAGCGCUUUCCGUACUACUCGGUGUACCCCUUCAAGGACCACAACCCACCGGACAUCGAGCUGAUCACGUCGUUCUGCCGGGACGUGGACGAGCACCUGCGGGCCAACGGCAAAAACGUGGUGGCCGUCCACUGUAAAGCCGGCAAGGGCCGAACAGGAACCAUGAUCUGCUGCUACCUGCUGUACAGCCGGCAGUUCCAGACGGCGGACGAGGCGCUCCACUACUACGCACAGCGACGCACAAGCGACGCCAAGGGCGUCACCAUUCCGUCCCAGCGGCGGUACGUCGAGUACUACGCCACGCUGCUGAGGAGCAACGAAACCUACCAGCCGGUGCAGCUUUACAUCUGCGAGAUCCGGCUCACGGGGACGGUCAACAUCCGGGAGGGCACGAUCAACGUGUCCGGCGAGACGCCCAAGCCGCUGCCCGAGUUCCGGCGGACGGAUGACACCGGGGGUGGUGGAGGUGGCCUUGUUGGCGGUGGUCAAUCGCCGCCGUACACGAUGCUGGCCAAGAUGGACUACUGCAUGCCGCUGUCCGGUGACGUGAAGAUCGAGUUCGUCAAGAGUUCGGUGCUACGGAAGGAGAAACGGUGCCACUUUUGGUUCAACACGUACUUUGUGGAGCGAGCCGCCAAGAAAGACGCCGAAGGAAACCUCUUGCUACCGCUUAGCAAAACGGAAAUCGACGACGCUCACAAGGACAAGCACCACAAGGAGUACCCUAACAACUUUUCAGUCGAACUCGUGCUCCGGAGGGUACCGAACGGCAGCAAAUAUUCGGAGAGUGUGAGUCUGAAAAAAUGCCAUCCACCACCGAUGCACCAGCAGCAGCAUCAUCAGCAGCAGCACCCGCUCCACCCGGUGGGCCUCGCCAUGACCAACAACAGUUCCCCGCUGAUCCGGUCCAGCUUGGAGAACAACCGGCAAGUCCCACCGCCGCACCACCAACAGCCUCCCCCGUUGUCCUAUCAGCAACACAUUGCCCAGCAGCAGCAGCAACAGCAGCAGUACCAACAGUCGAUUCACCGGUCGCAAGUUGGCGGUGAUCCGUACCGGGCGGCGAUGAUCAAGCAGCAAAACAGCUACAACGAGGGUGGCUAUCUGGGGCAGCAACCGUUGCAGAACAAUCACAACCAGCAGCAGCAGCAGCUUCAGCACCACCUGGAGUACUCGGGCACGUCCAGCUCGGAGUCGUCGACGGAGGAGGAAGGAUGGGAUUCCGGGACCGCAAUCCGUCAACACCAACACCACCACCACCGUCACCACCACGCCCAUCACCACAACCUCCAUCAACAACCAUCCGGUGACUACCCAGUUCCGGCCAGUGGCAGCAACCGGACCCAGCCCGUCCCGUCUGUGGCGCCGUCGUCCUCGCCGGCGUCGUCGCCCAUUAAAAAGUCGGCCUCGGCCGUCGAGUCUGCGGUCACGAGUGCGGCCUCCAAACUCAACAGCAAACUGCGACGCAUGUCGACCAACGCGAUCUUUAGCUUUAGUACGCAUAACAGCAACCACACUACUAGUAACACUAACUGUAAGUCUAACAAUAAACCUAGUACUAGUGACGGCGUUAGCGUUAGCGUUAGCAAUAAAUGUGAUAUUUUCAAUCGUGGGUCCGCGGUUUUCAACCGCUCCUCAAACCCGGCCAGUCCGGCCAAACAGGUCGUGCGGAGCGUGAGCAACGACCCGCAGAUCCCCGCCGGGGCGUCCCACGUGGCGGCACCACCCUCGGAGGGUGCCCCGGCCACCAUGUCGCCAAGACGCGACUCGCUGCCCAUCAUCGGCAGUCUGCUGUCGUCCUUUUCGUCCUCGUCGGUGUCCUCCUCGAACUCGUCCUCGCUGUCGUCGUCCACGUUCGGCACGGGCAGCUGCAGCAACAGCCACGUGGCCACCACUGGGGCCGCCCACGUGGGCCCGCCAAAAACCGCGAGCCGCAAGCUGCAGUCUCUGUUUUCCGUUAGCUCCUGCUACAACGGAGGUGCGUCGUUGUCCGCUAGGGACGACGACGAUGACGAAGACGGUGACACGCCGAUUGUCGCGAUCCGGAACGUGGCCGUUGCUGCUGCCGCUGCUGCCAAGGUGGCCGCGGGGAACGCGGGUGGUGUUGGUGAUGACGGCGUCGGUUAUUUGGUCCGUAAGGACGUGGGUGACGAAAGCCGCAGCGACAGUGGCCGCAGCAGUACCGAGAUUGUACCGCAGAAUGGGCAACUGUUCUAGGGUGGGAUGGGUUGGUUUAGAUGGUGUUCGCGUGGCAUUGAUUGGUUUGUUGUGGGGAGGCGUCUCGAAUUAAUGAAUUACUGAGAAGUGGGUUACGGUUGGAAGUAAUUUCCAAUGAGUUCAAUAAAUACAUGAUGACGAAUUUGAAAAAUAAUCCAAGUUUUAUAAAAUCUCAGUUUACUAAUGAACUUGAAAUUACCGUAAACCGGGGUGACUUUGAUAGGAUUUCAAUUUAUUUUUGGAAUAUUUUCCAACUGGUAAGGCUUGUCUUGAGAAUAUUAUUUUUAAAACAUGUACUGGGGUAGCCCACACAUGGUCCAUAUACCUUUUUGGAAAAAAAGUUUUUUCAAUAGUGUUUUAAAAAAUAGUUACGUUAAAAAUUCUUUUUUUGAAUUCCGGGGUGACUUUGAUAGUCAUAGUUUUUGUUGUUAAAAUCAGAUUAAAGGUGUUCAAACUUUAUUUUUACGUCAAAUGUAACAUUACUAAGGUUGCUAAUUUAGUUUUCUAGAAAAAAAAUCAAUGUUUAUAUUUAGUUAAAAAACGAAGUUGACUUUAUAGCUGUCGGCCACCAUUGCUAGUACCGACCACUAGUGUCUUCCUUUUUAUCUAUAAGGACUUCGCCGCCCUGGGCUCCUAAGUGUAUGAAAGUAUGGCACGGAGCGACGGCGCCGAAUACCCAUAUUUACACAAAGAAUUUUAGAGCGCCCGCCGCGGGAUUCGAACCGGCGACCUCUGGAUUGGAGUCCAGUGCGCGGUCCGAUUGAUCCACACGGGCGGGACGUUAGUUAACUAAGUUUAUAAGCUUUUUAACAAAAUACAUAUAAAUUUUAGGUAAAAUUGUUUAAAAGUCAGAAUUUUGCCUGAAAUUCGUUAAAACUUUUUAUGUUUUUAAAAUUAUCGAUUAAUAUUGCAUUUAAAACUGAAUUAGAAGCAAAAAUCAAAAGUUUCCACAUUUUAUAUGAAAUUUGUUCAACUGAAAAUGCCUAUGAAACAAGAGAUUUUUAUUUAAUUAUGUUUCAAAAACACAUAAUAUUUAUUAUUUACAAACUUAUUCAACCUUCUCUUAGUGGAAAAUUGUCCAAAGAAUCCGAAAAUGCAUUCCGUUUUCCGAUUCAAAAUUAUGUUCGUUGAGAAAAACAUGACACUUUGAGAAGAUUUAAAUAAUGUUUUUCAUCAACAUUUUCUUAAUUAUAGUUAACUGACUUUUUAAACUCUUCAAAAUUUUAUGAAAAGUUUUUCUUGAAGUACUUUGAACACUUCUCUACCACGGUCAGUAUGAUUCAAUACCAUUCCGUACGUAUUUUAGCUGUACUCUUCAUUUUUUGGAAAAAUCUCAAACCUAUCAAAGUCACCCCGGCUAUCAAAGUCACCCCGUUUUACGGUACCUCGUCUUUAAAGUGUAAGGGCUAAAGUGCUGAUAUGCCAACAUUAGAAGCACGAUGGAAAUAAAUGCUGUUCCCCUUAAGCUCAAAUUACGGUUGUAUGAAAUCAAUGAAAUCAUUCUAAAAAACCAACCAUCUCCAUGGUUUCAAUCUGAGGAAGGGAGAUUCCAUGGAGGUAUCUUUACUUAGAGUACUAAAGUUGCGUAGAAAAAGUACGUAAAUAACUUAGUGCGGUUUUUUACAAUCAAAUUAGAAAACAUGCUGGGCAGUUAUACGUUGCUUCCCAGUUGUUUGUUUACCUUUUAUAUGGAAACGUCAACUUACCGUAGAUUUUGAAAUUUUGCAUACCAUACGUCAAGUUUCUUAUUUGAUUACUUUUCCAUUGUAGAAGAGAUUUAUUUCCAUUGGUUCAUAUUCCUAAGCUAAGUGCAAUUUUCUAAGUAAAGUAGAUAGGUCAUGAUUUCAUUGCAUUUUUACUCAAAAUUUGAGAUACCUACUCUAAAACCUCGAAGGUUUGACAUGUUUUAGUUAGACACAUAUUUAAUGUUAGUUUAAUGUUUUAAUGUUUGACAAAAUCGAACUAAAAAAUAAUGAACUGUCAUUUAUCAAAGCGCUCACACAAACUAUCAAAACAAACGUUUGGUAGUGUGUGCGAGCGCUGUGUUAAAAGGUUUGGCAACAAUCAGUGUCAAUCAGUAUCGGGGUUUUAGUGUAUUAUUUUAUGGCUAGAAUCAACUUUAAUAAAAUUCAGUCGAUUGGAGCAGCUUCUACGUUGACUUUCAAAUAGUUGGACUAAGCAAUCGAAUUAAGAAAAAAUGACUUUUUGAGUUGUUAUGCUCAAAUAUGAACCGUGAAUGGUACAAAGCGAUCUGGGAAUUUGAAUCCAAGAUGGCAUCCAAUAUGGCGUUGCUAAAGUAUCAAUUGUUUGUUUAUUUUUUCAACAUUUCAAUGGAACCAUUAAAUUGAACAUUUAGCUUUAGCGAUAAAAUCAAGCAAAACAAUGUAAAUGGGCCAAUGUCAGUUUGUAAACAAAGAAUGUAUCCUGAUCACUUCAGUGGGUGUAUACAUUAGGUGUGAGCAAAAUGCACUCUUUGUUUACAAACUCACAUUGGUCUUGUUUACAAAUUACAUUGUUUUGCUUAAAAUGCGUAAAAACGUUGUUUGGGACAUUACAAAAUUUAUUGCAUACUUGUGUUCAAAUAAAUAGUAGAGGAUAUUAGUUUAAACAUGGCCAGAGUUGAUUUAAAAAAAUCAAACUAUUGGUAAAAUUACAUGAAAAUACUUGUAAACAGAUUUUUUUUUUAAUAAGAGUUCUCCUUUCCAAUGUUUUUGGAAUUUUGAUUUUGGUUUGCUAAUAGAUUUUAUCGAAUUUCUAGAUCGAAGCCCUUCUAGAGGCUAGGUUGAGUCUAAGAGAGUUGACUUAUUCAGGGUCAUGUAACUUAAAAUGUUUGCUUACAAUAAUAAAUUAAAAAUACGAGUAUUUUUUCACGGUUCGAUUGUUCGAGAAUUGAGUCUGAAUUUUGCUUAAUUUGGCAUAAAAACCGGAUGAACAAUUAUGUGCAGCAGAAUUAAACAUAUUUUUUUUUAAUAUUUCCCAUAUUUUACUGAUUUUAGAUGUGACCAAUUCUCUACGAAAACAGCUGAUGUCGUGCAUUAAGAAAAUUAGCAGUUAUUGAAGGAGGCAAAGAAGGGCAAAGUUAUAGGCAUUGGUGAGGACUAUUCAGAAAAAAAUGUAUUCUGUAAAAAAUCCGAUUUUUCAAUCACCAUUAUUUUACAAAAAAUAAAUUUCUUAAAUCCAUGUCUUUUUUUUUUUAAUUUUGUGAUAUGUUUUAGAGGACAAAAAACCGCAACUUUUUAGCCAUAGAAAGGUAUGGACAAAAAUGUUGCCGCCCAGGUAUGAUUUAAAAAAAUCUUUUUGCUGUUUUUUUUUUGUGAAAAUGAUGAAUUUUACUCGAUUUUUCUACUUCAGUUUUUGAUUUGACGAAGCACAUCAACCAGAGCUUUUGCACCAAGAUUUAUGUUAAAGACAUUUUAGUAUCUUCAAACAUACGGGGACAAUCGAUCGAAAUCCUCUAAAGUACUUUCAACAAAAUAAUUUACAACAAAUUUACUUGGUUGCUUUACACCCUAAAAUCAAAUUUGCAAUCGAAAUAUACUUUACAGAUUUUUGAUAAAGGGCACCGUUUUGAAGACAUAGCUACUCAAAGCUUAAUUUUUACUGAAAAAUUUCAGUUUUUUUAUUUGUUUUAAAAGUGUCUAUGAUUUCCAUUGCAGAAAAUAUGUUUUCCAAAAGUUGGGAACCACCCUAUCUCGGCUAAGACCAUAAAUAACUAACGCCCAAACAAUCAAGCCACAAUUUUUAUUUUAAAUUGCCGCGUGAACUCGCGACCCCGAUGCGUUUAGAUUUCCCACGAAGAUUUCCCCCACGAGGACGUUGAGGACGCCACCGGUCACAAAUUUUGGAGGGGGGCGUCAAAAGAUUUGGACGCCCUCAAAACAAACAAUUUUCAUAAAACGAAAAAAAAAACAAAUAAGCAUAUUGGGUGAUGUCAACGAAAAGCAAAAGUACGAAAACUUCGUUACGAAGUAAAACAAAACAGUAAAUUGGAGGUUAGGAACAGGAAGCUUGCAAAUGCAAGUUGACGAACGAACGAACGUUAGACGUUUACUUAGCUAGGUUUUUACUAGAUUUUUACACGAUUUGCGCCGCGUGAUAACGAUGAUUUUUUUUUUGUGCGGCUUUAUUGAGAACUGGUUACUUUAUUUGGUUUACGUGGAGCCGUUUAGCAGACUUUAUUUGGUUGAUUAUGGAUUCUAUAAGUUCAAAUUAAUUCAAUUGCCAAGAAUGCAUUGCAGAUGUAACACAAUUUAGUAGCGUUAGUUUGACGUUCGUCAAACGAAUGUGCCACGAAGCAUUGAAAAGUGUUAAAUCUGUAACAUCCGUGAGCACUACACUACAACAAUACAACAAUCAAUAGACAUGGAAUUUUUGUUAUCAACUUGCCAAUGAUUUCACCGCUAAACUAGCUAUUGCUUCCUAGUUUUAAGGGCGAUCACGCAUAAACCAGUGUGGCUGUAGUAGUAUGGUUCAAAGUAACAAAUUCGAAAUUAUAACAAAUACAACAAUAAACAAAACAAAACAAAAAACGAAUAGCCGUCAGUUAUUGGAUGUUUACAUGUAGCGCGCGCAAAGCGAACAACAAUGUGUUGACAACUCUGUAUUUGUUGUGUCUGUGCUGAAGGAUUCCCUCUUGGAAACAACCCCUCUCGCUUAGUGGAAACCACAUUUUCGCAACCUUACACACACACACACA